CGGAAGCCAAUUUAUUAAACUAGUAUUCGGAAAGUUUGUUAUCGAGCUUAGUGUUUCGAGCGCAAAGAGUAAAUAAAUCUUUCGUAAUUUUCUCAGAUAUUGAGAAUGCACAAAGAGUAUUAAAGAAACGUAUAAAUUUGAAAUCAAAAAUUGCAAUUGGUAUUCCUUCAGUGACAAAAACAAGACCGUCGCUAAACAAUAAAAAUGGGUGUUAAAAAUGGACAUGGAAAGCAGCAGCUUACCUGGAAGCUUGCGCGUGUAUUUUUGCUUUAUAUCCCGAUUGGACUUUUGAUGUACAACAUACACGACUUACGUCUAAACGGACUUAAAACUGAAUACAACAUUCAACCUCAAAAAAGGAACGACCUUACUACAGAAAUUAGAACCUCGAAUUUGACAGCCAACAAACGUGGAUCUAAAUUUCAAACUCAAAAAAGUGAAGAGCCAACUACCGAAGAUUCAAACUCGAAUUUGACAGCCAACAAACGUGGAUCUAAAUUUCAAACUCAAAAAAGUGAAGAGCCAACUACCGAAGAUUCAACCUCGAAUUUGACAGCCAACAAACGUGGAUCUAAAUUUCAAACUCAAAAAAGUGAAGAGCCAACUACCGAAGAUUCAACCUCGAAUUUGACAGCCAGCAAACGUGGAUCUAAAUUUCAAACUCAAAAAAGUGAAGAGCCAACUACCGAAGAUUCAACCUCGAAUUUGACAGCCAACAAACGUGGAUCUAAAUUUCAAACUCAAAAAAGUGAAGAGCCAACUACCGAAGAUUCAACCUUGAAUUUGACAACCAACAACGGUGGGUUUAGAUUUCAACCUCAAAAAGCAAAAGAGCCAACUCCUAGAAAUUCUACCUUGAAUUUGACAACCAAAAACGGCGGAUCUCGUCUUUUCAAAGGAAAAACGCCAAACACGCUAUUUUAUACUCGAAUGCCGAAAUGUGGCUCGACAACCAUACUAGAUUACUUAAAAAUGAUCCAAGACAGAAAUGAUUUCCAGGUUUAUCAUUAUAAAUAUGUAGAAAUUGCCCAUGAAAUAAGCGAGCAUUCAAAAGCAGAAGAGACCUUCCUGAGGACUUUUCAAAAUGAGAAGGAUACGUCUGUAAAGAACCUAGCUUUCGUACGCCAUAUAGGUUACUUUAAUUUCACGAAACGUGGGAUUAGACAACCGCUUCUAAUUGAUAUGUUACGGGAUCCAGUAGAGAGAGCGAUAUCGCGAUUUUACUUUAUUCGGCAACCGUCCGAGGCAAUCCGACGCAACCUAAGUGAAAGCAUUAUAAAUGAAACUCUAUCGCAGUGUAUAAAGCGGGAGGGUAAAAAUCAAACAUGCGUCGCACCUACAUAUGUUCAAUGGUUCAAUUCGUACACUCCUGACAUCGAUCCGAAAGAUGUGAAGUUCAUCAACAGAGCAAAGAAUAUCAUUGAAAAGGAAUACGUUUGUGUGGGUAUAUUGGAACAGCUCAGUGAAUCCCUUACAGUCUUCUCAAAACUUAUUCCACAAUACUUUGGUGGAAUUCACGAUUACCUAAAAAACAACACAAAAAUAAGUAACGCUGGGAAUCGUAGAAAAGGCAAGGACAAACUUCCAAAAGGAAUCCGUGAUACUAUAGUUGAUGUUCUAGCUUCGGAUUAUGAUAUUUACAAGUUUGCGGUACAGUUGUUUAACAGUAAAGUUAAAGGAAUGAAUGUUGGAUAAAGGGUGCAUUAAACAAACAAUCUUUACAAUGUGUAAAAUGAACAAGUUGAGUGCUUACAUAUUGGUCAUUAGCUGGAACUGUUAGCUCAGCACAAUGUUAAACAAUUCAGUCUUGAUUGCAACAAAAUUGCAUUGUUAAAUAAAACCCCAUUAGUUAAAUGCUUGCCUCUUCAGACUUCUAGCUUUGCAUUCCAAUGAAUCGUUAUUACACUUGUUGGACUGAUUGGCAGGACAAUGUUAACAAAUAAGAACUUAUUAAAUACUUGAUUUCUCAUUUAUUUUCUUUGAAUGACUAUAAAACCCGAUGAGGAAAAAUGAGUGACUUUAACAAUUACAUUUUCAUUCACACCCAUAUAAUAUGCUCAUUGUAUAGAGAAAAUAGCUGGUAUUGUAUAAAUCCAGCAUUAGUCUCCAUAGAAGAUAAUACAAUUAAUUGUACUCUGAGAAUAUCAUAAAAAGAUAUACAUUGUUUUAUAUUUUAUUUUUUAUUGUCAUAUUACAGACUCUAACAAUUAUAUUAUACAUUGUUAUAAUAAGCAUGAGAGAUUAUCACAAGGCAGUGUUUAAUUUUUUAAUAUAUUUUCUUGAUGUUCUCUUAUGCAAAGGCGCCCUUUAGAUUGAAUGCUUUGUUCACUGAAUACAAUUUUGAACAAAAUACUCAAUCUGCCGGGCGCCGGCCGAUGAAUCGGAGCAAAUGCGACUCAUGCCUCACCAAAGAUAACAUUUUUUACAAACAUGGCAUUAACAUGCGAAAUGUUACCACCUGUCAGUUGGUACAGACACUGGCCGCUAAACGCCGACAACAACGGCCGAACACCGUCCACAAAAACAAUACACACUAUAAUAAUAUUAUGAGGCCAUAUUGGAAAGUGUUUUCCUUCAACGCGUAUUUGAGUUGACACUAGGUGAAAUGGAUAAACUUCGCAAUUCGUUCAAUGGGAUGGUGAAAAUAGCAAGUGACUGCUGAUCCGUAUUAAAAGAAGCCUAGCAAUGACAAGAGGCCCAGUCCUAAUAUACAUCAGAUAUUUUAAUCAAAUUUUCAAAAAUAUGAAAUCUUACAUGUACAUGUAUGGCUCAAAAUUGAAUACGAGUAAAUGAUAAUAAAUUUCCUGAUGUUCUUAUCAUUUCCGUACAAUUUCGCGUGUAAACAAAAUAACUGAAUACUUUGUUAAUGGCUUUAAACUCCACUCUUUGUAACUCUUCAUUGUUCUAAAACACAACAACGUGUCUUUAUUUCCAAUUCAAGAAAUGGAACACGAUUCUCCAUAUGUAUGCCUUACAUCUCCCUGGAGGAGAUGGUUUACAACAGCUUUUGCAAUAUAACUUGUUGUUCCCAAACGUCCGACAGAUGGCGUGUUGAAAAAUGACGCCAUAUUGUUUUCCUGUUUGUCUUGCUUUUCUUUUUCUUCAACAGUUGGUUGGCUGUCAUUUUUAAAAUACUGGAAAGCUUCUUUAAUCAACUGAAAAAUAU